AGAAUAACAUAAAAGGGAAAUGAAAUAAAAAUACAAAAAGAAAAAGAAAAUGACAAAAAAGAGCUAUUUUGAAAACAAAAUUUACACAAAAAAAAAGAGCAAUAGAAUAAUAAAAGUGAAAACGAAAUAAGAACAAAAUGAUAGAAAAAGUAAUAAAAAUGGUCUAGGGAUGAAAAUAUAGUAUUGGGUAAGAAAGAAAAAUUUUAGGGAGAAAAAAGAAAAAAUGAAACAUGGGACCGUUUUGAGCAGAUUUGUGAAAGGUGAGAUUAUUUAUAUAAGGUUUUCAAAGAAAGGGUAAAAAACCUGGUAUAGCAGGUCAUCAACAGGCCAGGGUCCAACGAAAGAAGAUGUGGUGCAAAUGUGGGAUUAUUCUGAGAUUACGUAAAGAUGGGAUUAUUAUGAGAAGACCGGUGAAAGGUAUGAAAGCCUUAAAAUGAGGUCGGUGAUGGGAAGCACGGACGGAGGGGUGUGGACGACCAGCCCCCCACUGUAUGCCUCAGAAUGAAGUGUUUCCAGAUGACUUUGGAGAAGGGGAAAAUAAGAAGGGCCUGGUGCGCCGCCGCCCUAAUUGUAGCGAUUCCGGCGAAGACGGAGGUGCGACGAUUCCGGCGAAGAUGGAGGUGCGACGAAGAAGAGAGAUGGAGGUGCGAUUCCAGAUCUACAAUUCCAAAAUCAGAGUUGCUGCUUCCAUCGACCGUGGCCGUUGCCGCAGUUUUGAAAGCACUAUCUGCUGCCUUGUCGACAAUCUGACUAGCAAGCCUGUGGCGGCGGCGUUCCUUUUCUUCAGCUACCCGUUUGAACU